GGACCCAGGUGGGGGAGGGGGCCUCUCCAGUCCCACCCAGUUUAGGGAUUGCCCCUGUUUCCACCUCCCUCCCCCUUCACCUGGCUCUUAAAGGGCUCGGCCCCUAACCAGAGACUGCUACUUAAGGCAGAGGGGCGGCGGCGGGCAGCAGCUGCGCUUCGCCUGCUCUGGGAGGAGUGGACGGAGCGAAAAACGUGGCCAUGCCCCCCCACAGGCUGCUGCCGCCACUGCUGCUGCUAACUCUGCUGCUCGCUGCCCGCCCAGAAGGCGCCUUGGCACGGUGCCCAGGCUGCGGGCAGGGGCUGCAGGCGGGUUGUGCCGGGGUCUGCGUGGAGGAGGAGGUCGGAGAGUCGCCGGCGGAGAGCUGUGCUGAAGCCGGGGGCUGCGUCAGGAGGGAGGGGGAGCAGUGCGGAGUCUACACCCCUAACUGCGCCCCAGGUCUGCAGUGCCAGCCGCCCCAGGAAGAAGAGGCACCUUUGCGAGCGCUGCUGCUCGGCCGGGGCCGCUGCCGCCGGGCCCGCGCGCCCUCGGAGGUGACUCCAAAGGAGAGUAAACCCCAAGCCAGAACCAGCCGCCCACUGGAUGCGAACCGCAGAGAGCAAGAGAAGAAUCCCGGGACCUCUACCACCCCCUCCCGGCCCAAUUCUGGGGGUGUCCAAGAUACCGAGAUGGGCCCAUGCCGCAGACACCUGGACUCAGUACUGCAGCAGCUGCAGACCGAGGUCUACCGCGGGGCUCACACCCUCUACGUGCCUAAUUGUGACCAUCGAGGCUUCUACCGGAAGCGGCAGUGCCGCUCCUCCCAGGGGCAGCGCCGAGGCCCCUGCUGGUGUGUGGAUCGGAUGGGCCAGCCCCUAUCGGGGACCCCGGACCGUGAUGGAAACUCCUCCUGCCCUACCGCGAGCAGUGGCUAAGGCAGGGUGGUGGGUGCCAUGAGGCCACCAGCAGAAGCGUGGAGUGUCAUCCUGGGUCAUUUAUUGAGCGAUGAGUAACUCAGAGGCCCUGAGCCCCACACUCCCUCUUCAGGUCCUGCCUCCUUGUCUCCCUCACCCACCGUGGGCCCUCACAUAGUCCUCUAGUGGAAAGGUUGUUGGUGUUGGCAUGGGGUGCUAAUAAAGUUGUGCUGGGGGUCUUUGG